UAACGACCUUUCAUUCGAUCAAUAUGCGACGUUUGGAAGACACCGUGUUAUUUCAUGUUGCAUCUUGAAUGCACACACUUCGGAAUUAGCUUCCGGGUGUACAAAAUGUUUGGAAUUAUUGUCUUUGUGUUACUAACGGCUAUUCUUAAUUCUAACGCGCGGGCCUGUGAUAUUGAAGACCUGACAAACUCUCUUCAGAACGCAACACACAACUGCGCGCCAAAUGUCACAUUUUGCCAGUCCAGCUGCACUUUCGGUUAUGCAAAGGAGGAUGGAAUGCAAGCAACGAAUCAUUCAUGCAAUGGAACUUCAUGGGUUCCGAGUGGAACACAUUGUCGACCUCUGUUGUCUCCCGUGAUGUGGACUUACCUUACCAUUGUAUACAGCACACUGGACCAGUUGGCCGAGUCCUGUCGGUAUGCCUUUAAUGUAACGUUACGCCAAGCGCUUGGUGACUUCCGGAACACUCUUCAGUCGUCAUGCGCAGACAUAAUAGAACCCGGAGCUAUUGAAAUUGAGAUGAUCGACAUUUCAACGUUGGCUUUUCAGGUAACCAGUGUUUUUAGAAUAACGUUCUCCGGAUCAGGUUCCGCAGAAUUGAGAAAUCUCUGUAUGAGAGUCAUCAAAGUCACAUCUGACGUAGAUCAGACCUAUCUCAAACCUUACGCCUCCAUAUCCUGUGGGACUGAGGUCAGUGGGGUCAGAAAGGACAGAACGACAAUCAGCGAGACUUCUGAGUACAGUUGCAUGAGAAUUACAGGAUCACAACUGGUGCAGAGUGCAGGGGAAUACGGCUGUGUAUCUUGCUCCCCUGGCAACUUCCUAAAUGUGACCAACUGUCAAGCAUGUCCCACUGAGCAGUAUCAACCAUUACCGGGUCAGCUGACCUGUGACACUUGUCCAACCGGGAAGAGCGUCACGGACGACAGACGAGGGUGCCGAGACUCUGUGUGCGUGUCGUCAUUCCUGUCACAGAAUGUUCCCGGUGUUUAUCUAUCAUGUGAUGCACAGACCCAAACUUGUCGCUCAUCUUGUCUAUCAGGAUACAUACAAGAUGAUGGAGGACAAUUCACGGAGUACAACUGCAGCAGCAGCAACGGGUGGACACCACCAAGUAAAACUUGUAUAAAAUAUGAGUUUUCAACGUACCACACAGACCUACAGUUGAUAUAUCUGACCACUGAUCAAGUAGCAAAUUCCUGUCUGAAAAGUUUCCAGUCUGUAACCUCAGCCAACACUGCGUCCUUUAAUACCACCAUAUCUGGAUCAUGUGACUUUGAUAAUACUGGCGGAGUGGAGAUAGAAAAUAUAACCAUCACAGCCCAAGCUUUUCAGAUAUUAUCUGUUUUUCACCUGAAGUUCUAUAAUGUUUGGUCAGUAAACAACUUGAACCUUUGCAUCAACAUUAUUUCGGCGAUUUUCCAAAACGAUAUUACAUACCUUCAUCCAUACACCAAGCUUCAGUGCAGUAAUGGGGAAACGAACGUUACGAAAUAUACUAUACAAAGAGUUGGGGACAGAAUCGACUGUCCAGAAGGGCGACAGAUUAUCAACUCCACACAAUCUUCUUUUUGUGUGCCCUGUUCACAUGGUACGUACCAGAGUGACUCCAUUUGCUUGCCUUGUCCAAAUGGAACUUACCAACCGCUAAUGGGGCAAAGCUUUUGUUAUAAGUGCUCUGAUUGGACAAAAGUCGACGAAAACCGAACCGAAUGCUUAGAAGUGACUACAACGAACAACAUUUCACUCGAAACUACAUCUCUGAAUACCUCACCAUCAACAGCGGAAGUGACGUCAGUAUUAAACGAUACUGAUCAGACAUCCACACAAUCUACGCCAAGAGACACACCAAACACAACGGAGAAAGUUACGACCACAGAGGGCGCUACAGGAACUACACAACAGAAUACUAGUAUUACAUCUAUAACGGCAGAUACAACAUUUCUGCCUUCCACAACAGCUAAUAUCCAGACUACUAAAAUGUCUACUGCUAGUUUGCAGACUACUGAGAUGUCUACUGCGAAAUCUAUGAACAACUCAACUACAACCACAACAACGAGAACAACAGAAGGUAGUCAUGUUAUUCCAUGCAGUGUAGAUCGUCUUUCUUCAGCAAUUCCAAAUGCAAGUUACGAGUGUGCUAUAAAUAAUCAGACUUGUAACGUUACUUGCAACACGGGAUUUGUCACCGGAAAUGGGGAAUCAUUUAUACAGUAUAAAUGUGAGGGCGAUUCGUGGACACCGACAAUAAAGCUCUGUCUCGAAUAUCAUACUCCAGUUCGAACUACUUCGCUUCACUUCUUGUAUAACGCGGAGGAACAGCUGGCUGUUACAUGUCUGGCAAAAUUUGAAGAGAUAACAGCUCAGAACAUGGAAGCAUUUCGGACGUCAAUUGCCAAUGAAUGUAAUAUUCUGAGCAUAAAAAACGAAAGCAUUACUAUUGAAAACAUAACCUCGUCUGCACUUGCAUUUGAGCUGUCCAAUGUCGUAUCCGUGAAAUUUUCUGGAGAGGAACCAUUGAAUUUUCGUCAGUUAUGCCUGGAAUUCAUAGUGGUAAUAUUUAAGAACAACCCAACUAUACUUCACCCUUACUCACCUCUGUUGUGUACAUCCGGGUUAUCAAACAUUACCAAAGUAUCUGCAAGACUAGGAACCUCUUCCUACCUUUGUGACAACAAAACGUAUUUGGUCAAUCAUAUGGAAAAUAUGUACUGUGUUCCAUGUCCACCGGGAAUGUAUAUGGUAUCAUCAAAAUGUGAGCUAUGCCCUGACGGUACAUACCAAUCACUUCCGGGUCAAACAACAUGCGACAUCUGUACUGGUAACAAAACUGUAGUUGAUGGCGGUACAAACUGUGUAGAUACCACCACCACUCAGACCUCCAUCACUACUAUCCAGACAUCAGCUGUUACAAAUUCUAACGGAAAUAUAGGAAAAUCACAAGUUGACGAAUCGGAGGGACUCUCAAAUUCUGAAAUUAUUAUUAUUUCAGUCGUUUCAGGAGCCUUCGUCAUUUUAAUAAUAACUAUAGCUGCAGUAUUGUACUGCAAAAAGUCGAAAGUGAAAAGAAAAACAUCCCAUUCGGAUGUUUCCAGUUCAAAGACAUCACCCGAUGAACACUCUGUGAAAUCUGAUGAGUAUCUCAGAAGAAGUCGCGAAUUGUUGAUUUCUGAAAAAUCUGAAUCAAAACUCGAAUUUGGAACAUACACAAACAAAAAUAUCGAGCGAAGUACUUUCACGAGUGCAAAUGAAAGUAAAGGAUUAGAUGUUCUAGAUGACAUUAUUGAUAUUGAGAUUGACAACGACGAACACAUUACAACGGCACCAAAUAUGACUAAUAUGUAUGUUAGAGAGGGAAAAUGGAAACCGAAACGUAAGCAUGAGAAUGUGACUGAAGUCAGUUGCAACGAUAGGGAGAACGACAAGCCUGGCUUAUUAUGUCGGUCUUUGAGUGACUACGACAAAGUUCAAGUUUACCUCCCAGAAUAUUCAGAUGAAGAGGUGUCGUGAAAUCAACCUUGACCUCUUAUCCGACAACUGUAAGAAAUGCAAAGGAGCUAAAUCAAAACAUUUUUGAAAACAUAUCCAUAUUCUGUAGAAAACCAUAUUUAUUUGUUAUGCUUCGUGCAUUCUUAGUCUAGACACGCUGCCAACAAUGUAACCAAAUCAUUUUAGUCCUUGUAAGUUAAUUCUAAUUGAUUUACUUAAGAUA